AUGCCGACUGAUGUCUCGGUUCUUAGACUAAAGCCUCAACUUAUCGAGUCCGAUUAUUACCAUCAUCCCUCGGAGCUGGUCAACGGAGGUAAAAUAAGUGGAAGCUACACCACCAGAGAUUUGAUCAACGCCAUACCAGCACAUUGCUGGAAACCCACCUACACCAGAUCAUUCUUUUAUCUCUUCCGUGACCUUGCAGUUGUAGCAGCCUUUCUGUACACUGCUUACAACUAUAUCCCUCAAAUUCCUUUCGGGCCCCUAAGGUGGGUUGCCUGGGCCACAUAUGGGUAUUUUAAAGGUCAACAAGUUACCGGGCUUUGGGUUCUUGGACAUGAAGCUGGACAUGGGGCUUUCUUGCCCGACCACUACUCCAACGAAUUCAUGGGUUGGGUUUUACACUCUGUGCUUCUGACACCAUAUUUCUCGUGGCAAUCCACUCACCGUCGCCACCACAUCUAUGCCAACAAUCUUGCUAAGGACCACAAUUAUGUUCCAGUAACAACAGCCAAAUAUGCUUCGCUUCUUCGCGUUGAUCUUGAGAAGCUUGAAGAGACUACCGAAGAUUCACCGCUGGUUAACCUUAUACGUAUCCUUGUCCAACAGCUCUUGGGUUUCCCAUGGUACCUUCUUACAAAUAUCACCAGCUCUCAGGGAAGCCUUGCUGCUGGCAAAACAAAGAAUCCUCCAUCCAAGUGGCCUCUUGGUAACAGUCAUUUCUCACCCAUGAGCACUCUCUACCGACCCGAAGAAGGCCAUCUCAUUAUCGCAUCUGAUAUUGGACUUGGUAUCACUCUGGCCGGCGUCUACUACGCAAGCAUUAUCGUUGGUUGGCCCAUGACCUUACUACUUUGGCUCCAACCCUAUCUCUGGCUCAACCACUGGAUUGUGGCUGUAACCUACCUCCAUCAUACCCAUCCUGAUGUACCAAAAUACCAACCGGAAGCAUGGACGUUCCUUAAAGGUGCCACAGCAACUAUUGACCGUGGUCUUGGAUUCGGCGGCAAGCACUUCAUGCACAACAUCGCAGAUUUCCACGUUGUUCAUCAUCUCUUCUCCAAAAUUCCUCAGUGCCAUGCUGAAGAAGCCACGAGAGCAAUCCAACCACUUCUCAAGGAUUCUUAUCAUGAGGAUAAACAGCGCAGCUUCUGGGGUUGUAUUUAUGAAUCUUUUACAAAGUGCCAGUAUGUGGUUGCUAGUGACCCGGAUGCUGCUCCAAAAGAUUGCGUUAUGAUCUAUAAGGGGGGCCGUCGCCUCCUAUUGAAUGGAACAUGGGUCGAGGUGGAUUGA